AUGGAGGCCAUUGGUCACGCUGGCACUUGUCUGGGGAUUUUGGCCAAUGACGGUGUGCUGCUGGCGGCUGAGAGGAGGAACAUCCAUAAGCUAUUGGACGAGGUGUUUUUCUCAGAAAAGAUCUACAAGCUGAAUGAGUAAGUUGCUGCUUCCUUUGUGUUUAUCUUCAGAUCAAAAUCCAAAUACAUCAUUCUAGUGGCAAGCAGAAGUGUCCUUCCAUUCCAUCUUUCUAGUGGCAAGCAGAUGUGCCCUUCCAUUGCCUACUGGCUUGUGACAUUUCCUCUUGUGUUGCAGGGAUAUGGCCUGUAGUGUGGCUGGAAUCACAUCAGAUGCCAACGUACUGACCAAUGAGCUGAGACUAAUAGCACAGAGGUGAGCAGGGGACGAGCUAAGAGAUGAAUAGAGGGUGGCGCUGGAUGGGCAGAGCAGCGUGCCAAUCAAGCACUGAUAUAUAGGGUUGAUGUGCUUCAUAGCUAUCAUGAAGCAUAAUAAUAAAUAAGGGAAACAUUUCGGAGAUCCGAAAAGACAAUAAUUGUUUCUCUUAACAAUGACAAAUGUCACUGUUCCAUUUUACUGUCAGUGACAUCUGAAAUGCCUCUGGCUUCACUUCACAUCAGGGUUCGCACAAGGUGCUUAAAGUACUUGAAUUUGGCACUCUGAAAUUCAAGUACUGGAAUACCUUGAAAAUCAGACAUUUUUGGAAGUUAGUACUUGAAAAGUACUUGAAUUGAAAUGAGAGGAGAUCAGAAAAUGAUCUAAUAUGAAAAAUAUUAGAAAAAAGUAUUGGUCUUACAAAUUAAUUUCCUGGCAGACUGCCAAGUUUUAUUUCAUUGCGUGUUUUGCGCUCUGGUUGCCAAGCGAGCUCGCUCAUUCCACCCACAAUGCCACUCAGCCAGGCAGGUACAGAACUGACUGAUUAGGCGGCAGCAAAUGUCACAUAGAUAGGUAAAAUGCCUGGCAAAUGUAGAUUCAAACCUGCCUUUUGUGCGUAUGAACAUUUCUGCUCAUGAAACAUGGGACCAACACUUUACAUGUUGCGUUUUAUAUUAGCAGUAUUCUUAGGGUCAUUGUCCUGCUGGAAGGUGAACCUCUGUCCCAGUCUCAAAUCUCUGGAAGACUGAAACAGGUUUCCCUGAAGAAUUUCCCAGUAUUUUAGCGCCAUCCAUCAUUCCUUCAAUUCUGACCAGUUUUCUAGUCCCUGCCGAUGAAAAACAUCCCCACAGCAUGAUGCUGCCACCACCAUGCGUCACUGUGGGGAUGGUGUUCUCGGGGUGAUGAGAGGUGUUGUGUUUGCGCCAGACAUAGCGUUUUCCUUGAUGGCCAAAAAGCUCAAUUUUAGUCUCAUCUGACCAGAGUAUCUGCUUCCAUAUGUUUGGGGAGUCUCCCACAUGCCUUGCCUAUUUUUUCUUUAAGCAAUGGCUUUUUUUCUGGCCACUCUUCCGUAAAGCCCAGCUCUGUGGCGUGUACGGCUUAAAGUGGUCCUAUGGACAGAUACUCCAAUCUCCGCUGUGGAGCUUUGCAGCUCGUUCAGGGUUAUCUUUGGUGUCUUUGUUGCCUCUCUGAAUAAUGCCCUCCUUGCCUGGUACGUGAGUUUUGGUGGGCGGCCCUCUCUUGGCAGGUUUGUUGUGGUGCCAUAUUCUUUCAAUUUUUUAAAUAAUAGAUUUAAUGGUGCUCCGUGGGAUGUUCAAAGUUUUUGAUAUUUUUUUAUAACCCAACCCUGAUCUGUACUUCUCCACAACUUUGUCCCUGACCUGUUUGGAGAGCUCCUUGGUCUUCAUGGUGCCGCUUGCUUGGUGGUGCCCCUUGCUUAGUGGUGUUGCAGACUCUGGGGCCUUUCAGAACAGGUGUAUGUAUAUAUAUAUAUAUACUGAGUUCAUGUGACAGAUCAUGUGACACUUAGAUUGCACACAGGUGGACUUUAUUUAACUAAUUAUGUGACUUUUAUUUGUAAUAAAUGAGCAAUUUCUAAAAAAAAAUCUUAAUGUGGUAUUGUGUGUAGAUUGAUGAGGAAUAAAAUUAAUUUAAUCAAUUUUAGAAUGAGACAACGUAACAAAAUGUGGAAAGGGUCUGAAUACUUUCCGAAUGCACUGUAUGUAGUAAAUAAGUAGUGAAAUGCGUAUUUUUGGAAUAGAACUUAAAAGGUAGCGAUGAAUAGUAAGUAAUUUUUUUUCUCAUUAGGUAUACUGGCAUCUGGUGGCGACUAGAAACAAUUGCAGAAUAGGAACUAUUACAAAUUGAUGGUCUUUGAAAGUAAAUAUUAGUUCUUAAACUCCUUGAAUGUCCUUUAAUGUGACUUGCCACUGUCUGCACGAACCUUGCUUCGCACUGAUAAAGGACACAUAUCCCUGUAGGAACCGGAUCCUGGAUCGUUUGGUAACCUGAUCCGCACUAUGAAGCAUGUGUGAGCAAAUACAGUGUCUUAUUCCACAUUUUGUUGUUACAGCCUCAAUUAAAAAUUGAUUAAAUUUAUUUUUUUCUCCCCCAUCUACACACAAUACUCCAUAAUGACAGUGAAAACAUGUUUUUAGACAUUGUUAAAAAAUGUAUUGAAAAGGAAAUACAGAAAUGCACAAUGUAUGUGGACAUCCCUUCAAAUUAGUGGAUUCGGCUAUUUCAGCCACACCUAUUGCUGACAGGUGUAUAACAUUGCGCACACAGCCAUGCAAUCUCCAUAGACAAACAUUGGCAGUAGAAUGGCCUUACUGAAGAGCUCAGUGACUUUCAACGUGGCACCGUCAUAGGAUGCCACCUUUCCAACAUGUCAGUUCCUCAAAUUUCUGCCCUGCUAGAGCUGCCCUGGUCAACUGUAAGUGCGGUUAUUGUGAAGUGGAAACGUCUAGGAGCAACAACGGCUCAGCCGCGAAGUGGUAGGCCACACAAGCUCACAGAACGGGACCGCGAGUGCUGAAGUGCGUAAAUAUCUUCCGUCCUCGGUUGCAUCACUCACUACAGAGUUCCGAACUACCUCGGGAAAUGUCAGCACAAUAACCAUUAGUCGGGAGCUUCAUGAAAUGGGUUUCCAUGGCCAAGCAGCCACACACAAGCCUAAGAUCACCAUGCGUAAUGCCUAGCGUCAGCUGGAGUGUGUAAAGCUCGCCACCAUUGGACUCUGGAGCAGUGGAAACGCGUUCUCUGGAGUGAUGAAUCACGCUUCACCAUCUGGCAUUGCGACAGACAAAUCUGGGUUUGGCGGAUGCCAGGAGAACGCUAUCUGCCUGAAUGCAUAGUGCCAAUUGUAAAGUUUGGUGGAGGAGGAAUUAUGUUCUGGGGCUGUUUUUCAUGGUUUUUGGCUAGGCCCCUUAAGGGAAAUCUUAAUGCUACAGCAUGCAAUGACUUUCUAGAUGAUUAUUUUCUUCCAACUUUGUGGCAACAGUUUGGGGAAGGCCCUUUCAGCAUGACAAUGCCCCCGUGCACAAAGCGAGGUCCAUACAGAAAUGGUUUGUCAAGAUCAGUGUGGAAGAACUUGACUGGCCUGGCAGAGCCCUGACCUCAACCCAUCAAACACCUUUGGGAUGAAUUGGAAUGCUGACUGCGAGCCAGGCCUAAUCGCCCAACAUCAGUACCCAACCUCACUAAUGCUGUUUGGCUGAAUGGAUGCAAGUCCCCGCAGCAAUGUUCCAACAGCCUUUCCAGAAGAAUGGAGGCUGUUAUAGCAGCAAAGGGGGGACCAACUUCAUAUUAAUGCCCAUGAUUUUGGAAUGAGAUGUUCGACAAGCAGGUGUCCACAUACUUUUGGUCAUGUAGUGUAUCUCAUUUACGUAAGUAUUCACACCCCUGAGGCAAUACAUUUUUAAAUUGUAGUUAUUUAUCAGACACUCUUAUCCAGAGCGACUUACAGUUAGUGAGUGUAUACAUUCUUUCAUACUGGCCCCCCGUGGGAAACGAACCCACAACCCUGGCGUUGCAAGCGCCAUGCUCUACCAACUGAGCUACACGGGGCUAACAUGUUAGAAUCACCUUUGACAGGGCCUCUCGAGUGGCGCAGUGGUCGAAGGUACUGCAUCGCAGUGCUUGAGGCGUCACUACAGACCCGGAUUUGAUCCGGCCGCGACCGGGAGACCCAUGAGGCGGCACACAAUUUGCCCAGGGACGUUAGGGGAGAGUUUGGCCGGCCGGGUUGUCCUUGUCCCAUCGCGCUCUAGCGACUCCCUGUGUUGGGCCGGGCACAUGCACGCUGACAGUUGUACGGUGUUUCCUCCGACACAUUGGUACGGCUGGCUUCCAGGUUAAGCAAGCAGUGUGUCAAGAAGCAGUGCGGCUUUGCAGGGUCGUGUUUUGGAGGAUGCAUGGCUCUUGACCUUCGCCUCUCCCGAGUCUGUACGGGAGUUGCAGCAAUGGGACAAGACUGUAAUUUGGAUAUCACAAAAAAGGGUUAUAAAAGUCUAAGAGCUUUGCACACCUGGAUUGCACAAUAUUUGCACAUUUUUCUUCAAGCUCUGUAAAUUGGUUGUUGAUCAUUGCUAGUCUUGUCAUAGAUUUUCACGUAGAUUUAAGUCAAAACUGUAACUCGGUCACUAUGGAACAUUCAGUGUCAUCUUGGUAAGCAACUCCAGUGUAGAUUUGGCCUUGUGUUUUAGGUUAUUGUCCUGCUGAAAGGUGAAUUCAUUGCCCAGUGUCUGGUGGAAAGCAGACUGAACCAGGUUUUCCUCUAGGAUUUUGCCUGUGCUUAGCUCUAUUCCGUUAAUUUUUAGUGUCCUGAAAAACUCCUCAGUUCUUAAUGAUUUCAAGCGUACCCAUAACAUGAUGCAGCCACCACUAUGCUUGAAAGUAUGGAGGGUGGUACUCGGUAAUGUGUUGCAUUGGAUUUGCCCCAAACAUAGCACUUUGUAUUCAGGAUAAAAAGUGAAUUGCUUUGCCACAUUUUUUGCAGUAUUACUUUAGUGCAUGCUUUGUAAUAUUUUUAUUCCGUACAGGCUUCCUUUUUACUCUGUCAGUUAGGUUAGUAUUGUGCAGUAACUAUACUGAACAAAAAUAUUAAUGCAACAAUUUCAACAAUUUUACCGAGUUACAUUUCAUAUAAGGAAAUCAGUCAAUUGAAUUCGGCCCUGAUCUAUGUAUUUCACAUGACUGGGCAGGGGUGCAGCCAUGGGUGGCCCUGGGAGUGCAUAGGCCCACCCACUUGGGAGCCAGGCCCAGCCAAUCAGAAUGAGUUUUCCCCCCACAAAAGGCCUUAUAACAAGACAGAAAUACUGCUCAGUUUCAUCAACUGUCUGGGUGGCUGGUCUCAGAUAAUCCCGCAGGUGAAGAACCCGCAUGUGGAGGUCCUGGGCUGGCAUGGUUACAUGUGGUCUGCUGUUGUGAGGCCGGUUGGACUUACUGCCAAAUUCUCUAAAACGACGUUGGAGGCAGCUUAUGGUAGAAAAAUUAACAUUAAAUUAUCUGGCAACAGCUCUGGUGGACAUUCCUGUAGUCAGCAUGUCAAUUGCACGUUCCCUUAACUUGAGACAUCUGUGGCAUUAUGUUGUGUGACAAAACUGCAGAUUUUAGUGGCCUUUUAUUGUCCCCAGCACAAGGUGCACCUGUGUAAUGAUUGUGCUGUUUAAUCAGCUUCUUGAUAUACCACACCUGUCAGGUGGAUGGAUUAUCUUGUCAAAGGAGAAAUGCUCCCUAACAGGGAUGUAAACAAAUUUGUGCACAAAAUUUGAAGAAAUAAGCUUUUUCUGCUUAUGGAAAAUUUCUGCGAGCUUUUAUUUCAGCUCAUGAAACAUGGGACCAACACUUUACAUGUUGAACACUGAACAAAAGUUCCUUCCUCUCCGGCAACUGAGUUAGGAAGGACGCCUGUAUUUUUGUAGUGACUUGGUGUAUUGAUACACCAUCCAAAGUGUAAUUAAUAACUUCACCAUGCUCGAAGGAAUAUUUGUGUAGAUUUUUUAUUUUUUAACCAUCUACCAAUAGGUACCCUUCUUUGCGAGGCAUUGGAAAACCUCCCUGGUCUUUGUAGUUGAAUCUGUUUGAAAUUCACUGCUUGACUGAGGGACGUUACAGAUAAUUGUAUGUGAGGGGUACAGAGGUAAGGUAGGCAUUCAAAAAUCAUGUUAGGCUAGAGAUGUUUUUUUGUAUUGGAUGCAUCUCAAUCCACCACAUCUGCCUAUGUCGCACUUCCUCAUCUGUGGUGAAAGCUGACUGUGCUAAAAUGGUGUUUGUCAGACCAUAAGACAUCUGAAAAUCGGUCUUCUCACAAAAUCGUCUUUAGCGUCCGAAUGGUUUGGCCUACAAACUAUUAUGGAAAGAUGACUCUCGCGAACAUGAUGGUGUUUUCCUCUACGACCCACAUAAGCGUCUUGGGACUCGGUACAGCAGAUCUGCCAAAGUAAUAAAAAACAACAACAUUUUAGUCAUUUAGCAGACUCUCUUAUCCAGAGCGACUUAUAGGAGCAAUUCGUGUUAACAGAGCCUUGUCAGCUCGAGGAGUCAAACCAGCAACCUUUCAGUUACUGGCCCAAUGCUCUAACCUCUAGGCUACCUGCCGCCCUGUCUGUAGAGUCCGAGCAGUUUUGGCCACGAAACUCUCACGAACACGUCGGUUGUUUUGCUCUAGGACGCUCACAAGCCUCACAAGACUCAUCUGAAGGUCCCCCGUACCAGUUUAAAAAAUGAAUGGAAGUAAACUCAGCAAAAAAAGAAAUGUCCUCACUGUCAACUGGGUUUAUUUUCAGCAAACUUAACAUGUGUAAAUAUUUAUAUGAACAUAACAAGAUUCAACAACUAAGACAAACUGAACAAAUUCCACAGACGUGACUAACAGAAAUUGAAUAAUGUGUCCCUGAACAAAGGGGGGUCAAAAUCAAAAGUAACAGUCAGUAUCUGGUGUGGCCACCAGCUGCAUUAAGUACUCCUCAUGGACUGCACCAUAUUUGCCAGUUCUUGCUGUGAGAUGUUACCCCACUCUUCCACCAAGGCACCUGCAAGUUACCGGACAUUUCUGGGGGGGAAUGGCCCUAGCCCUCCCCCUCCGAUCCAACAGGUCCCAGACGUGCUCAAUGGGAUUGAGAUCCGGGUUCUUCGCUGGCCAUGGCAGAACACUGACAUUCCUGUCUUGCAGGAAAUCAGGCACAGAACGAGCAGUAUGGCUGGUGGCAUUGUCAUGCUGGAGGGUCAUGUCAGGAUGAGCCUGCAGGAAGGGUACCACAUGAGGGAGGAGGAUGUCUUCCCUGUAACGCACAGCGUUGAGAUUGCCUGCAAUGACAACAAGCUCAGUCUGAUGAUGCUGUGACACAUCGCCCCAGACCAUGACACAUCGCCCCAGACCAUUUUCUUCAUGAUUAUUUUUUUAUAAUUUCCUAAUCUUUCUUCAGAACAAACUUCCUUUAGAUUUUUUUUGGGGGGGACUAUCUGUUCCAUAGAGUGAAUCUGUUAUUCAAUGCUUUUCUAUUUGCUAAUAGCAGUAAUGCCAAAUUCAAUGUUUCAUCCCCCAACUUUGUAAACAAUUUUUUGGAUACCUUAAGGUGUCUAAAAAUUCCAAUUGAAAUAGCUAAAUUAUCCUUGGUAUCGCCAUCUUAAAACAAUUCCACAUGUAGGGCUUAGACUAGAGGGUUAAGAUGAAUGCUCUAUAAGUCGCUCUGGAGAAGAGCGUCUGCUAAACGACUAAAAUUGUUCAAAAGAAAAGUGCGAAAUGCAAACCAACUCUGGCUGUAACGAAUCCUGGACCUGUUUGAGUAGCGGGUCCAAGAUCCAUGACCAGAGUACCAGGUAUUGAGUCAUGUGGAACUUAUACUGAACAAAAAUAUAAACGCAACAAUUUCAACAUUUUACGGAGUUACAGUUCAUAUAAGGAAAUCAGUAAAUUGAAAUAAAUAAAUUAGGCCCCAACCUAUGCAUUUCACAUGACUGGGAAUACAGAUAUGCAUAUGUUGGUCACAGAUACCUUUAAAAAAAUGGUAGGGCCGUGGAUCAGAAAACCAGUCAGUAUCUGGUGUGACCACCAUUUGCCUCAUGCAGCGCGACACUUCUUCAUUGCAUGGAGUUGAUCAGGCUGUUGAUUGUGGCCUGUGGAAUAUUGUCCCAAUCCUCUUCAAUGGCUGUGUGAAGUUGCUGGAUAUUAACGGGAACUGGAACACGCUGUCAUACAUCUCAAUCCAGAGCAUCCCAAACAUGGAAGAAAUGGGACUUUUCCAGCUUUCAGGAAUUGUGUACAGAUCCUUGCGACAUGGGGUCAUGCAUUAUCAUGCUGAAACAUGAGGUGAUGGCGGCGGAUGAAUGGCACGACAAUGGGCCUCAGGAUCUCGCUACAGUAUCUCUGUGCAUUGAAAUUGCAAUCGAUAAAAUGCAAUUGUGGUCGUUGUCCGUAGCUUAUUCCUGCCCAUACCAUAACCCCACCACCACCAUGGGGCACUCUGUUCACAACGUUGACAUUAGCAAACUGCUCGCCCACACAACGCCAUACACGCUGUCUACCAUCUGCCUGGUACAGUACAGUUGAAACUGGGAUUCCUCCGUGAAGAGCACACUUCUCCAGCGUGCCAGUGACCAUCGAAGGUGAGCAUUUGCCCACUGAAGUCGGUUACGAAGCCGAGCUGCAGUCAGGUCAAGACCCUGGUGAGGAUGAAGAGCAUGCAGAUGCGCUUCCUUGAGCCGGUUUCUGACAGUUUGUGCAGAAAUUCUUCGGUUGUGCAUACUCAGUUUCAUCAGCUGUCCGGGUGGCUGGUCUCAGACGAUUCCGCUGGUGAGAAGCAGGAUGUGGAGGUCCUGGGCUGGUGUGGUUACACGUGGUCUGCGGUUAUAAGGCUGGCUGGAAGUACUGCCAAAUUCUCUAAAACGACGUUGAGAAAUGAAGAACAAUGGUAGCGAAAUGAACAUUCAAUUCUCUGGCAACAGCUCUGGUGGACAUUCCUGCAGUCUGCAUGACAAUUUGGAAUCCAAACCAGAGCAAUGCAUUUCAUAUGUGAAAACGCCCUAAAGGUAGCCUCAAUUUUGGUCUAUGCCUUGUUUGUUGCUCCUAAAUAUUUUAUUGAAGCUGAUGAUAAAGCAACAUUGUUGAAACAUACGGAAUACCUCUUCUCCCUUCUCACAGAUACCUGCUGCAGUACCAGGAGCCUAUCCCCUGUGAACAGCUGGUCACAGCUCUGUGUGACAUCAAGCAGGCCUACACACAGUUUGGAGGUAAGUUGCUGCCCUACACCACAUAGGGCUUUAUUCAGUAGCACUCUACAAUGAAACGAGAGUCCACCUGCAGGUCACAGUAAGCACUCUCCAAUGAAACGAGAGUCCACCUGCAGGUCACCGCAAGCAAAUGGAGCGCUGUGUCAAUUGGAAGCAAUUGGUUUAGCUCACUGCUCCUCAAUACUGUAAUUUCAAGUGUGAAGUUGUAAGUGGCUGGCCCGGCAACCGUCAGUGUAAAAUGCAGUGUCUUCCAAAUUCAUUAUUGGCUUUCGUUCUCUGAGGUUGUUCAAAAAGCAAAGUUGAAAUUCUUUAAAUUGCUGUUUGUGCGGUUUGACCACAGGGAAAAGGCCCUUUGGCGUGUCUCUGCUGUACAUGGGCUGGGACAAACACUACGGCUUCCAGCUCUACCAGAGUGACCCCAGCGGCAACUACGGAGGCUGGAAGGCCACCUGCAUCGGCAACAAUAGUGCCGUAAGUCCCUCUUUCAACAUUGUAUGUGUUUACAUGCUGCAUUCUUCAUCUGCUGUGGCAAAUUGCAAUCACCAGAGAUGGGCCACGGGUCGACUCUGGACUACAACCACGAAUGACCACGUUUUUCUUUGUUGCCAGUCCUACAUCCCCUUUAUAUAAAGCAGCCUGUUUCUGUGGGGGAUUCUCAGGUGGCCUGUAGUAUACAUUGAGAUUUGGGUUGGUUAUGGAGAACCAGUACAAUGAACGGUACCAUAAUACUGGUUCCUACAUACACUACCACACCUGAUUUCACUUAGUCCACCAAAAGACCACUCAUGGCUGCACCGGAUUCUUCUGCCCCUCUUUGUCCUUAUGCUGUGUCGUCUCUCCUGCAAUAAACUGAAUGAUGAAACUAUGCAACGCUUUGGGCACCAGAGGGCGGCAGAUGUGCUUCUUAAGGUCUCUGCAUGUUGGAAAGGCGCUCGCCAUUGAACAGAUUGACAGAGUAAAUUAAAGUGGUUCACCACACAGGAUUGUAGUAUAGGAGGUUUCACCCUGAAGGCUCAGUCUGUUUGACUAACCUGGAUGUCAAGGACAUGUUUGCUUAGCGAGAUUGUGUGUGCAUGUGCAUAAGAGCUGUUAAAGGUACACGAUGGAAAUGGAGUUGCUAAUAGUUUUUCUCAAAAUGUGUCUUGAGUGUUUGCUGUAUUCAUACACUUAAAUACUGUAUUUAGUUUUAAUCAGCAAGGGAUUCCUGCAUAGCUAUAACAUCUGACUAGUUUUGACACAGCCAGAUCAACAGUCGGGGCAUAAUAGUAUCAUCCACAUAGGCUUGUCAUGAUACCAGGCCAAGUAUCACGAUAGAGUAGUAUCGCAAUACCACGGUGGGAAAAAAUCAGUGGCCUAGCAUCCUGUUCGCCCGACCCCCGGGACGCUUGUUCACGUAUUCUAAACAUUCUCCAAAAACCUGUCACUGAAAUUCACACUCUUACUCAAUACAACACAUUGAAUUAAACUUCAAACUGUUCAGUGUAUAAUAGAAUACUGCAUAGAAUGGCUGAUUUUAUAAUAUUUGCAAAGGCCUACCUGUGAUUUGGCUGGAGGAAUGGGAGGAAGGAAUGUACGUCAGUGGAGGCUGCUGAAGGGAGGACGGCUCAUAAUAAUGGCUGGAACGUCACAAAUGGAAUGGCAUCAAACACAUAGAAGCCAUGUGUUUGAUACCAUUCCACUCAUUUCGCUCCAGCCAUUACCACAAGCCCGUCUGUUAUGAUAAUUAUUUAACAAACUAUUUCAGUGUCUCUGUGCGUCUCCCAAAAGGUUGUAAGUCUUUUGGGAUUUAAGUAACGGACAGAGACCCGGUCUGCAUAGUCAGAGAUUUAUUCAUUGAGAAUUCUGCCAUCACAAUUUCAGAGUUCAUCUUUUAUACUCAUACGUCAUACAAAAAUCCCUCCCCUCUUUAGGCGGGCUGUAGUUUUCCACUUUAAAACUGCUCUCCUGACCAUCAGUUCACACACACAUACACACACACAAACACACACACAUACAUAUACACACACACACACAUGCAUACACGCAUAUAUACAUACACACGCAUACAUACACACACACACAUACACACACAUUCCUUAGUUAUCGCCGUCCUCACAAUAUCCUGCAUACUCCUUAAAAAGCCUAACAGUUUCUCUCCUCCCUAAAUUGGGAGGCCUCUUUAUCUUGGUUUCUCAGUUGUCUGUAGACAGUUCUCCUUGUCCUUUUGUUGUCUGGUCUAACUCUUACUCACAUUGCUAAAUAGUAGCUCAAUGUCAUAGUCUUUACUGGUCCUACACUCACACAUUCUAACACAUUUCACACAGUUUCAGGGUGUAAUAAUUAGUCACUUCUAAGAAAGUACUAAUCAUACUUAAAACAAGGACAUUUCACAACUAUAUUUAAGGGUGGAACAUUUUGUCAUUACUUUUAACCUGUAUAUAUUUUAAUUCCUAUAUCACCGUCCUCCCCAAUUAAUGUGCCACCAACCUCCUGUGCUAUACAGUGCCUUCGGAAAGUAUUCAGACCCCUUGACUUUUCCACAUUUUGUUACGUUAUAGCCGUAUUCUAAAAUGAAAAAAACCAAGCCAUGAGGUCAAAGGAAUUGUCCGUAGAGCUCCGAGACAGGAUUUUGUCGAGGCACAGAUCUGGGGAAGGGUACCAAAAAAUUUCUGCAGCAUUGAAGGUCCCCAAGAACACAGUGGCCUCCAUCAUUCUUAAAUGGAAGAAGUUUGGAACCACCAAGACUCUUCCUAGAGCUGACCAAACUGAGCAAUUGGGGGAGAAGGGCCUUGGUCAGAGAGGUGACCAAGAACCAGAUGGUCACUCUGACAGAGUUCUAGAGUUCCUCUGUGGAGAUGGGAUAACCUUCCAGAAGGACAACCAUCUCUGCAGCACUCCACCAAGCAGGCCUUUAUGGUAGAGUGACUAGAUGGAAGCCACUCCUCAGUAAAAUACAUGAUAGCUCGCUUGGAGUUUGCCAAAAGGCACCUAAAGACUCUCAGACCAUGAGAAACAACAUUCUCUGGUCUGAUUAAACCAAAAUUGAACUAUUUGGCCUGAAUGCCAAGCGUCACGUCUGGAGGAAACCUGGCACCAUCCCUACAGUGAAUCAUGGUGGUGGCAGCAACAUGCUGUGUGGAUGUUUUCAGCGGCAGGGACUGGGAGACUAGUCAGGAUCGAGGCAAAGAUGAACGGAGCAAAGUAGAGAGAGAUCCUUGAUGAAAACUUGCUCCAGAGCACUCAGGACCUCAGACUGGGUUAAAGGGUCACCUUCCAACAGGACAACGACUCUAAGCACAUAGCCAAGACAACGCAGGAGUGGCUUCGGAACAAGUCUCUGAAUGUCCUUGAGUGGCCCAGCCAGAGCCUGGACUUGAACCUGAUCGAACAUGUCUGGUGAGACCUAAAGAUAGCUGUGCAGCAACGCUCCCCAUCCAACCUGACAGAGCUUGAGAGGAUCGGCAGAGAGGAGUGGGAGAAACUCUCCAAAUACAGGUGUGCUAAGCUUGUAGCGUCAUACCCAAGAAGACCCAAGGCUGUAAUCGCUGCCAAAGGUGCUUCAACAAUGUACUGAGUGAAGGGUCUGAAUACUUAUGUAAAUGUGAUAUUUCUGUUUUUUAUUUGUAAUAAGAGGGCAUCGGCCCUCUUAUUUGAGGAGAACCCUGGCAUAGUGAGCAUAUCUUGGUUUUAAACGCUUUAAAUGCCUUUGCGUGACCCUGGACAACACCCUGUCUUUCUCCGCUAACAUCAAAGCGGUGACCCAAUCCUGUAGGUUCAUUCAAAGAGUACGACCCUACCUUACACAGGAAGCGGCACAGGUCCUAAUCCAGGCACUUGUCAUCUCCCGUCUGGAUUACUGCAACUCGCUGUUGGCUGGGCUCCCUGCCUGUGCCAUUAAACCCCUACAACUCAUCCAGAAUGCCGCAGCCCGUCUGGUGUUCAACCUUCCCAAGUUCUCUCACGUCACCCCGCUCCUCCGCACACUCCACUGGCUUCCAGUUGAAGCUCGCAUCUGCUACAAGACCAUGGUGCUUGCCUACGGAGCUGUGAGGGGAACGGCACCUCCUUACCUUCAGGCUCUGAUCAGUUCCUACACCCAAACAAGGGCAUUGCGUUCUUCCACCUCUGGCCUGCUGGUCCCCCUACCUCUGCGGAAGCACAGUUCCCGCUCAGCCCAGUCAAAACUGUUCGCUGCUCUGGCACCCCAAUGGUGGAACAAGCUCCCUCACGACGCCAGGACAGCGGAGUCACUGACCACCUUCCGGAGACACUUGAAACCCUACCUCUUUAAGGAAUACCUGGGAUAGUAUAAAAGUAAUCCUUUUUACAAAAAUAAUACAAUAUAUGUAUAAAACAAAUUAAAAUUAAAAAUAUACUCAAAAGUAAAAAAAUUAGAAAAAUAUAAAAUAAAUACAUUGUAAAGUGGUUGUCCCACUGGCUAUCAUAAGGUGAAUGCACCAAUUUGUAAGUCGCUCUGGAUAAGAGCGUCUGCUAAAUAACGUAAAUGUAAAUGGGCACUUCUGAUUUUUGCUGUAUUUCCCGGGAAUCUCUGAUAAAUAUGAAUGAUUCCCAGUAUUGAAACUUGGUAGGUUUUCGGGAAAAUAUUCAUCCGCAGUGCAGGUGUAAUUCUUGAUAGGCCUAUUAAUUUAUUUAUUUUAUUUCAUGAAACCACACAAUCCUUUUGCAAUAUCGUAUUUUUCUCACAGGUGUGGGGGGUUUUCUGGACAAUAUUUCUGGCCAUUUAGGGUUCCCUUUUUGGCUCGCAAGCACCCCCAGUAUCUUCUGUAAUAGAACUUAAAGUAUACAAUGUUUUUUCUCAGUGUUGUGUUAAAGAUGUUAAAUGUCUUGUUUGUGUCCUCUCUCCAAGGCGGCCGUGUCCAUGCUGAAGCAGGACUUCAAAGAGGGAGAAAUGUCUCUGUCCUCUGCCCUGGCUCUGGCCGUCAAAGUGCUCAACAAGACUAUGGACGUCAGCAAGCUGUCUGCUGAGAAAGGUGUGUUAGUGAAAGAUUGCCUGUGUGUAUGAGAGUGCUCUUGAGACUCAAUCAGAACGGAAUAUUACUCAAAUUGAGUGUUUAUGGACCUUUUAACUUUAGCCAUGUUCACAUUGGCAGUUUGAAGUGACUCAAAUCAUAUUUAUUUGCAUAACCGAUUCGAAUCAGUUAUUUUUCCUGCAGUCUGAACAGCCAAAAAGCACAUGGAAUCGGAUAUUUCAAGCCACAUUUCAAACCACCUUCGUAGGUGGUUUAAAAUCAGAUGCAAAUCUGAUUCCUGGCCUAGGGCUGGGCAGUAUACCGUAUUUUAUGAUAUACCGGUAUUGAUGGACGGACCAGUUUGAGUUUUUAUUUGACCUUCUAUAACGGCAUUUGAAUGUUUGGUUUGUUAAAUGUGAUACGCCGUGUGUAACGUCUAUUUUUGUAGUUUACUUGGCUACUUGAGUCAACUCUCUCUCCAUGCCACUUUCCAUACAGACUUAGCUCCACCCCCUGUCACUCAAGGAGCGCAUUUUGUUGUUCAUCGAAAACGAGACACUUGCAUUCAGUCUGCAUGGUCAAUGCAGCACAUGCAACAAUGUUGAUGUCAACAAUGUGGUUUUCACUUUGCUUUUUACAAUACAUUCACUAGUGUUCUGUACUGAACAAAAAUAUAAACACAACAUGCAACAAUUUCAAAGAUUUUACUGAGUUAGUUCAUGGAAGGAAAUCACUCAAUUGAAAUAAAUUCAUUAGGCCCAAAUCUAUGGAUUUAACAUGACUGGGCAAGGGUGCGGGCAUGGUAGGGCAUAGGCCCCCCAACUGGGGAGCCAGGCACAACCAAUCAUAAUUACUUUUUCCCCACAAAAGGGCUUUAUUACAGACAGAAAUACUCCUCAGCACCCCCAUCCUCAGAUGAUCCCGCAGGUGAAAAAGCCAGAUGUGGUGGUCCUGGGCUGGUGUGGUUACACGUGGUCUGCGGUUGUGAGGCCAGUUGGACGUACUGCCAAAUAAAAUUAAAAAUUACGUCGGAGGUGGCUUAUGGUAGAGAAAUGAACAUUCAAUUAUCUGGCAACAGCUCUGGUGGACAUUCCUGCAGUCAGCAUGCCAAUUGCACGCUCCAUCAAGACUUGAGAUAUCUGUGGCCUUGUGUUGUGUGACAAAACUGCACAUUUUAAUGGCCUUUUAUUAUCCCCAGCACAAGGUGCACUUGUGUAAUGAUCAUGCUGUUUAAUCAGCUUCUUGAUAUGCUACACCUGUCAGGUGGAUCUAAUAUCUUGGCAAAGGAGAAAUGCUCACUAACAGGGAUGUAAAAAAAUUUAGCACAAUUUGAGAGAAAUAAGCUUUUUGUGCUUAUGGAACAUUUCUGGGGUCUUUUAUUUCAGCUCAUAAAACAUGGGACCAACACUUAAAAUGUUGCUUUUAUAUUUUUGUUCAGUAUAUAAUUUCACUAUUAGUUUUGUGUCCCAUACAUCUGCAAACAGCUAGUUUGUCUUUUCUUAGCAAGUUGGGCCUACAUCUUGUUAGUCGCUAAUGGUAAUCGCUAGUUAGCUGGCCAGCUAGCUAGCUAAUAAAUGUACUGAGUCAGAGCAAACGUAAUUAGCUAUACAGCCUGCAUUCAAAGUGCCCACUAUUAUAUUCUAACUAUAGAAUUAGAAUAAUCAUUCUGUUUCCAUGAUUCCAACAGUUCACCCAACUGUUUUAAUCUAAAUCGCAAUUGCAACAUUUGGUUAAAAAUAAGGCCUAGAUUGUUUGCCCAUAUCAUGCAGCCCUACGUGGCCGUGUGGAAAAGAUCUCAAAUGAGUGCAGGAAAUGCAGAAGUUGAUGAAAAUUCCGAAAAUUAUUUUUGGUUGAAUUGAUCAGUAUAAAACAAUCAGAAUGGAGAAAGACCCAUUGAAAUCACUUAGAAUGUAUGUGUUGCCACCCUAGGGUCACGCACUACUCAAAGCAAAUGUUGAACUUGUAUUAUUAAAAAACAUAAAAUACUGUCUAUUUUAUUUUAUAUACUGUGAUGUAUUUUGGCCAUAUUUACUGCUAAGUUUACUGCCACAUGUCCAGCCCUAUCCUGGACAUGUGACUUGUCUGAACGGUCAAAUCUGAUUUUAUUUGCCCUCAAGUGUUUUUUAUAUUGUUGAUUUAUUAGCUACUCUGCUUGACAGUUUGACAAGAACAUGGUAGAUAACUAGCUUGUUAAUUGUUUACAAACAAAUUGGUGAAUGUGCUAGAAAGCUAAACGGCUACCUAGCUAGCUAGUUGACUGCUAUGGCUAGCCAAAAAGGACUAGUUUUGAAAGUUGGAUCAUCUUAUCCUUUGAGGCUUUAAAAGUGUUCUUAUCCUAUGAUUUUGAACAUUCAAAGGAAAUGGGAAACGUCCAGGCAGGCAUUGUUGUCACCUUAGCUUGCUACAUGCUCCUGAGUGGCGCAGUGGUCUAAGGCACUGCAUCGCAGUGCUAACUGUGCCACUAGAGAUCCUGGUUCGAAUCCAGGCUCUGUCGCAGCCGGCCGCGACCGGGAGACUCAUGGGCGGCGCACAAUUGGCCCAGCGUCGUCCAGGGUAGGGGAGGGAGUGGCCGGAAGGGAUGUAGCUCAGUUGAUAGAGCAUGGCGUUUGCAACGCCAGGGUUGUGGGUUCGAUUCCCACGGGGGGCCAGUAUAUUUAAAAAAUAUAUAUGUAUUCACUAACUGUAAGUCGCUCUGGAUAAGAGCGUCUGCUAAAUGACGUAAAUGUAAAUGUAAAAUGUACAUAACUUCUGAGGGAUAGGAAACACAAGCGCCACCAUCAAUCAGCCUACACACUGCACACACACCCGUUGUUACUAUGACAACUAGCAUAGACUUGUCAGCAAAUUACUGCUGUCUGAACACACACAUCCAUUUUGGUCACUUGUAACUUGCUGUUUGGACAGGCAGUAUUCCAAAAUGGAUUUGAAAAACAAAACUGAUUUGAGCAUUAAGGCCUGCAGUGUGAACAAGGCUUUAUUUGCAUAUACUGUAUAUGCUUGUCUGCUGUAUUGCGUUACUUACUUUCCCCCUUCCAACCUCUUAAGUGAUAAUAUUCAGGGUAGUAGCCUUCUUUUUUUUAACCCCGUGUGUCUCCGCUUUGGUGUUAUCUAGUGGAGAUCGCCACACUGACCAGAGAGAACGGAAAGACUUGCAUCAAGGUGCUGAAACAGAAGGAAGUGGAUGAGCUGAUCAAGAAACACGAGGCGGAGGAGGCCAAAGCGGAGAAGGAGAAGAAGGAGAAAGAACAGAAGGAGAAAGACAAAUGA